AUGAGUAAUUAGGAUAGUGAACCAGAAAUCGAUGAUUCAGAAUUGGAUGGAGUUUCAAAAAGUAAUUCUUCGUAUGGAGAUCCAAUAGAAAACCAAGAUGAUGAAGAUGCUACCUCUGAAUCUCAAGGUAUUGUAAUUACUUUAUACUCACAAAUAGGUUAGAAAUCUGUGACUUCUGACUCUAGUGAUGAUGAAGAGGAGAAUUAAAUAAUAAGAACUGGAGCUAUGAUUUAAUAGAGUAAAGGAAGAAAAGUAAUGAAAAAUGAAAGAAUUACUCCUCCAUUUUUAACUAAAUAUGAGCGUGCUAGAGUUAUUGGAACAAGGGCUUUAUAAAUUAGUAAGAAUAGUCCUAUAUAUGUUGAUCCAAGUAUUUAAUGAUAUAAUCUUAUUAUAGAGGAAACAACUGAUCCUAUUUAGGUAGCUUAAUAAGAAUUAAAUGAGAAUAAAAUACCAUUUAUAAUUAGAAGGUAUUUACCAAAUGGAAACUUUGAAGAUUGGGAACUUUAAGAAUUAGAACGCUUGGAUUGAG